CCCCAGUUACUUAAAAGCAUGUGUCAGUGCAGUCAGAGAGGUAGAAGCUGCACAAUGAAGGAACGCAUCUUUUCGAUACUGCUCCUGAUCUUGACCGUGCACACAGGAUGUUCAACGCAAACAGACAGAUUCUUUAUCUCAGCCCCUGCUGUGUUUCAUAUGGGGGUUAAAGAGAAAGUUGUUGUCCAGAUGAAAGGGGCUAAUCUAAAUAAACCUGUUACUCUCUAUCUGGAGCAUGAGAGUUCUGGUACUGUGGUGUCUAAGAAGGAAACCAUUUCGUGUGCAAAUGAAGCUGACAUCAAAACAGUUGAGCUCAUGAUAGACAGUGAUAUUAUGUCAACAAUCGAUCCACCACCUCCCUACCUCCUGGUAGCGGCAGACGGCCUCAGUAAAAGACAAUUGACAAGGGUCCUGGUAUCAAAGCACAGAGGGCACAUUUUUAUCCAGACUGAUCAGCCAAUGUACAACCCAACAGAGACAGUGAAAUACAGGAUUUUCGCUCUUGACCAGACAUUAAGGCCACUUGAUGAUGUUCUACACAUAUCAGUGUUUAAUGCUGCCGGGAACAGAGUACUGAAAUCUCCUAAGCGUGCAAAAGGGGGAAUAUUCAGAGACACAUUCACCAUACCUGAUGUCUCUAAGAUGGGCACAUGGAACAUUACGGCACACUAUGACGAUGAUCAAGCCCAUGCUGCUUUCCGAGAGUUCAAAGUCCAGAAAUUUGUUUUACCAACUUUUGAGGUGAGCAUCACAAUGGAUCAGAACUACAUUUUGUUGAAUGAUGAGUGGUUGAACUUCACCAUCUCAGCCAUGUAUUCAUAUGGUGAGAAAGUUAAUGGGGCCUACCACUGUCAGUUCGGAGUGGUAACAAAAGGCACAACGAAUCCUGACUUUAUCAAGGGACUGGAGUUGACUGGUUCGGUCGAGUAUGGAGAUGCAAAAGCGGCUCACACCAUGGCAAAAAUAAUUCAGCACAUCCGAGAUCAGCGGGGUCAAACCCUCAUUGAUUUGCAGCAAAGUGGAGCACAACUCUAUUUGGGAGUAUUUGUCACCAACAUACAAAGUGGUGAAAUACAAGAAGCAGAAGUUUUCCUUCCUAUCAUCCCCCACCCAUACAUUAUGGAUCUCUCUCGAACUCGCUCAUAUUACGUUCCUGGAUUUCCACUGGAUGUGGUGGUGUCCCUGCGUAACCCAGAUGGCUCCCCAGCAGCUGAUGUACCAGUUAAGAUUGAUGUAGGAGCCUCCACUGAGAAAUCUUUGGAAGGCACCACUGACAGCGAGGGGGCAGUGGUUUCUGUCUUUAAUAUUCACAAAACAACUGCUGACAUUACUGUUGAAGUGUCUGCAGAUGGCCUAGAAAAGAGGAAAGUAAUUCAACAGUUUUCAUCUCCACAUGACAGCUACCUUUACCUGAGUUUUACCAACAGGAUGUACUCUGUGAAUGACGUUCUAUCAGUGACAUAUAACACCAACAACGCCCCAGAUAAUGGCAAUAUAUACUACAUGGUCUUAAGCCGUGGGGUCAUAAUAAAAAUGGAUUCUUUGCGACUUGGUAAGUCAGUGAGAUCCAACUUGGCGAUAACCGCUGACAUGGUGCCAUCCUUCCGUCUGAUUGGCUACUUCUACAGCCAGAAUGGUGACAUCAUUGCUGACUCUAUAUGGGUAGAUGUCAGGGAUGAAUGUCAGAUAACGGUCAAGGUGGACCCAAAAGCACCAUUUACUCCUGGAAAAAGAGCAAGGCUAGAAUUUGAUUUACAUGGUGAGAGAGCAAAAGUGGCUUUGCUGGCAGUUGAUAAAGCCUUCUAUGCUCUCAAAGCAGACAAUAAACUCACAGCCAAACAGGUGUUUUCCUCUAUGCAGUCAUAUGACCUUGGCUGCUCAUACGGUGGAGGAUCUAACCCAGCAUCUGUACUAACUGAUGCUGGCUUGUCGUUUGCGUCUCAGUCCAGCGAAGGGAUGGGAAGAACAGAUGUUGUCUGUCGUUCACAAUCUGAACGACAACGCCGUUCUGUGGACCUUCAGCAGGAAAUUAUGAGCUUAAAAUCUAACUUUUCUGAUAAAACGUUGCAAGAAUGUUGUGUUCGCGGGUUUUCUCUCAUCCCCAUGAGACGAACAUGUCAAGAAAGAGCGAAGAGGGUGUCUCAGGUGGAACCUGAUUCAGUCUGUGCAGACGUCUUUUUGAAAUGCUGCCUUGAGGGAGAACGUCUGAGACAAAAAAAGGUUGAAGAGGAUGCCCUGAAACAACUCGGCAGGACUGUGAGCAUGUCUGAGAUUGAACAGUUCUUCUUUGACAGCACUGCUCAGUACAUUCGAAGAUUUUUCCCCCCAAGCUUUGAAUUCAAAGAAUUCGAAGUAAAUAACAAAAAAACUUAUGAUUUCCAUCUACCUGAUUCCAUCACCACAUGGGAGAUUCAGGUCGUCACUUUAUCUCCAACCACAGGUUUCUGUGUAGUUAAGCCAUCUGAGGUCAAAGCAUUUAAGAAGGCAUUUGUGUCUCUGAGACUGCCAUACUCGGUAAAAAAAUAUGAGCAACUAUCCAUUUCACCUGUUAUCUACAACUAUGGUGAUAGACCACUACAGGUGGCAGUUCACAUGGAACAAACUGAAGGUCUGUGUUCGCCUGGCUCAGCCACCACUUCCGCCUUUGUUAACAUUACAGUGGAAGAAAGAUCUUCCCAGUUAGUCUCCUUCUCUGCUGUCCCAAUGGUAACCGGCUCAAUACCCAUCAAAAUACGUCUCUAUGAUAUGGAGGAAGGGGACGGAAUAGAUGCACUUGAAAAGCUUUUGAAUGUAUUGACAGAAGGAGUACAAAGGGAAGAAGAAUCAACCAGAGUGAUUAAAUUUGAUGUAAGGAGCACAAAUAAUAUUGAUAAUAUUGAUGGGACUUUACCAGAUGAAACAGUCCCUGACUCCGGCUCCAACAUUUUCAUCUCAGUGGAAGAGGACGGAUAUAGCAUUUCACAUGUAAGGAGCCUUCUUUUACCUAAGAUGGUUGUUAACUUGAUCACAUUGCCUGAUGGAUGUUUGGAACAGACAAUGUCACUAAUGGCCCCCACAGUUGUGGCCCUCCGCUACCUUGACCUGAGUGAGCAAUGGUUUAACCUGCCUGCAGGCAGCAGAGAUGAUGCUCUUGAUAAGGUUGAGAAAGGUUAUGUGAGAGUUAAAGGUUUCAGGCGAGGCCUAUCUUAUCGACCAUGGUAUUCAGGGAAACCUAGUAAUUGGUUGACUGCCCUUGUUCUCAAAUAUCUGUCGUUGAUGGCAGAGCGUCAGAUAGUGGCUUUUGGACAGCAGGGCAGGAGGCCUACGGUUGUAGCAGAUGAAGAGAUCAGAAAACCAGUCCAAUAUUUGCUCUCCGUACAGAACAAUGAUGGUUCAUUCACUGACCCAUGGCCAGUGCUACACAAAGGAAUUCUGAAAGGCAAUGACCACGAUGCAUCAAUGACAGCUUUCAUAACUCUUGCACUGCACCGGUCCCUUCAAUUCCUGGAAGCUGACAGCAAGAAUAAUAUGAUGGCAAAGAUUUUAAAAUCAACAACAUAUCUCACUUCACACUUUGAGGAGCUUCAGCAUCCCUAUGCUGUGGCCAUUACAGCCUACUGCCUCGCAGUGUGCCUGCCAAAAGGAGCAGAUCUCACAGAUGUGUGGAAAAAACUUCAAGACAAGGCUACUUUAGGGUUGGAUGGCUGUUAUCUGUGGACAACUGAUGUCAGUAAAAGUAAUCAAGAGAGGGCAAAUGCUAUCACAAUAGAGACUACAGCCUAUGCCCUCCUAACUACAGUGGCACUUGGGCACACUGAGUGGGCAGACAAGACAGCCUGUUGGUUAACCACCCAAGAAAACUAUGAGGGAGGCUAUACAACAUCACAGGAUACCGUCAUGGCAUUGGAAGCCCUUUCUGAAUAUGAGUUAAAGAGGUCCUUACGUCCUGCAGCAAAUCUAGUAGCAGAGUUCUCAGUCCCAGGAAAAAGCAACAUAGUAAAGCUUGCACUGGAAAAUAAGGAGAGGGUGGAAGUAGAUCUUAGGAAAUUUGUAGGGAACAACAUUUCUGUGAAGUGGACAGGACAAGGGAAUAUCAAGUUUAAAGUUAAGAAGGCUUACCAUUUACUUGAACCUGAUGACAACUGUGAAAAACUGUUUAUCAAUGUCACAGUGAAUGGGAAAGUGAAGUACACUGCUAAGAUAAUAGAAAAUUAUGAUUAUUAUGAUGACGACGAUGUCAAUGAGGAGAAAGACACACGAGUGCCACGGUCAGCAAUUGAGUGGUUUGAUGCUCGUACCCGAAACAGGAGAGAUGUUGACAUCGUAAACUCAGACAACAUAGUCACCUACGAAGUCUGUGUCAGUUACAGCCUGACCAGUAAUCUCACAGGAAUGGCUAUCGCUGACAUCACACUUCUGAGUGGAUUUGAGGCUGAAACACAGGACCUGGACAAGCUAAAAAUGGAACCUGAACGAUACAUCUCUCAUUAUGAAGUCUCUAAAGGAAGAGUGCUGCUCUAUUUCGAUGAGCUCUUUAAGCCAGAGGAAUGUAUUAGUUUUGAUGCUGUACAGAGAGUGGCAAUUGGCCUUCUUCAGCCUGCUCCAGCUGUGUUCUAUGAUUAUUAUGAACCAAACAGAAAAUGUAGUGUACUCUACUCUGCCCCCCGAAGGAGCAAGAUGGUCUCCAAACUGUGUUCAGAAGAUGUGUGCCAAUGUGCAGAAAGACCCUGUCAUAAAGUACAAACUAUACUCAAAGGUUUAAAAAAUCGAAGAAUUACUAAGCGAGACCGUGAUGAACAUGCUUGCUUCUCUCCUACAGUCGAUUACGCAUAUAUAGUUCAAGUUCUCAAUAUUUCUACGAAGAGUAACUUUGACCUAUACAGCACUAAUGUGAACGAAGUACUCAGAUCAAAUCGAGAUUCUCUCGUGACUGAAGAUUCUGUUCGAGUGUUUGCUAAGAGGCGUCAGUGUAAGGGACAGUUAGAUUUGGGAAAAGAGUACCUUAUCAUGGGCAAAGAUGGCUCCACAACCGACUCAACUGGAGUGAUGCAGUAUCUGCUGGAAUCAAACACCUGGGUUGAGAAAAAAGAAUGUGACAAAGGUUCCACUAAACCUGUCUGCAGAGGGUUUAAUGCGUUUAUAUCUGAGUACAAGGUGGAUGGCUGCAAACAAUGAAACAGACAGCCACACACAUUUUCAUUUCAGUUUUGUAUAACAUUUUCAUUUUAGUGCAACUCAGCAACCCAAGUUAUCAAUUAAAUGUCAGCAUGUGUGUUUUGUCUGGUUGUGUCUAAAGUAUUGUACAACAACAUCCUUAAGUAUUGAGACAUUACUGGAAAAUAGUUAAUCGGUCCAUUACAGUGUCAUUUUAAAUUGUAUUACUUACAGUUUGUAACUAUUAAUCAUUUCUUUAUAUCCAAUACAGUUUCCUGCAUUUAAAAUAAAUUUUUUAUGUGGCAACUG